AUGCUCAAUACCAUCACCAGGCUCUCAGCCACUGUGGCUAGAGUCUCUGCUCAUAAACCAAUCCACUUCACCAUCGUCACGUCGUUGUUGGCGUCCAUGGCAUACUUGGCUGUGGUUGAUGAAUACAUUCCUGAGUCAUUUGACGCGUCAGAAGUGGUUUUUUAUCACCCGCCAGGCUCAAAUGCUUAUGAUAAAUGGGUGCAAAUUGACGAUGCUUCAAUCUACCCUGAUGCUGACCAGCUAACAUUAGUGCCCUUGGUUUUCAAUAGUAACUUCCACCACGAGAUUCCUGAGAUUGCCAACGCCUUUGAUGAGGCUGCCAAUGAGAGAGUGUUGGUGGUUACUACUCCAGAAACUGAGGCUACCCUCGCUGCCUUGAACAAAAUCACUUACGAUGGUGUCACUUGGAAAGCCAGAUCUAACAAUUUGUUAGGCCGCUACUACGGAUACGCUAAGCAAGCAGCUUUCAAGCUUUACUCGUUGAUCCAGAUGGCCGAGAGCUUCGACAUUGCCUUGAUUGUAGUGGCCUACUUCGCCAUGCUCUACACCAUCAUCAAAGUUUUCAUCGACAUCAAGCAGGGAGGCUCCAACUUCUGGCUCGCAUUCUCCACCAUUGUCUCCUCUGCUUUUGCCUUCAUCUUUGCUUUGGCUACUACCACCAAGCUCUUGGACAUCAAGGUGUCAUUGAUCAGCAUGUCCGAAGGAAUUCCCUUCUUGACUGCCAUCAUUGGCUUCAAACAUAAGAUAUCUGUUGCCAAGGCCGUCAUGAAGGCCAGAAGCACCCACACCGAUGUCAGAACCAUUGUUUCCUCCGCCAUUGCCAACCACUCCCUUAGUUUGUUGAGAGACUAUGUCAUCGCUAUCAGCGCUUUGGCCGCUGCCACCAUCUACUCGGGUGACAUGACAGGUUUAAGAAACUUCUGUGUGUUGGCCACUAUAAUUCUUGCUUACGACUUGUUGCUUGUCUACACUUUCUUCGCCGGUGUCUUGGCUUUGAAGGUAGAAGUCAACAGAGCCCGUAGAACUCAUGAAUUGAAGUCCGCUUUGGAAGAAGAGGGAGUUUCCUCUCUUGUCGCUGAAACCAUUGCAAACAGUGCAUCUGAGGACGACUACCCAGAGGAUGCUCAUUUCAAUUCUACCGUCGUUUCCUUUAAGAUUGCUCUUCUGGGAAUUUUUGUAGCUGCUCAUGCCUUUUGGCUUGGAAGCUCUUGGUUGUAUGGUACUCCUACUAUUGAUAUUGUGUCGGAAACUCAGACUUUGUCACUAGUUGCUGCCGAGCAUGUGGCUGUGGGCUCCAACGGUACCAUUGUGCACCUCUUGGCUCCGAAGAGAUACGUUCCAUUUGGAGCUAUCGUAUUGAUCGAAGACUUUGUUGUCGCCAUUUUCCUGACCAUCUCUGAUGCUAUUAAAGAUAACAUGCUUUCCAAGUUCUUGUUGUUUGUGUUCGCAAUCUCUAUUUCCAUCAAUGUCUACUUCCUCAACGCUACCAGAGACCAGCGUACUGCCACCAAUAAGUUGAUCCAAAAGGAGAUCUCUAGACCAAAGCACAAGGAGGCUGACCAAAAGAUCAAGGUUACAGAAUCCUUCGAGAGCGAGACUGAAGACGCAGAAUCUUCCUCCACUGAGGGCACCAUCAACUUCAACGCUCAUAUUAAGAAUCUUACUGUUGAUGAAUGUGUUGCCAAAAUGAAAGAUGGUCAGGUCAAGGAAUUGAACAAUAAUGAGAUCGCCUCAUUGGUCGUCGCCGGAAAGUUACCUUUGUAUGCUUUGGAGAAGAAGUUGGAAAGCAACACUAGAGCCGUCGUUGUUCGUCGUAAAGCCAUUGCAAAGUUGGCUAACGCACCUAUUCUUGAUACUGACAAAUUGCCAUACGCUCAUUAUGAUUACGACCGUGUUUUCGGUGCAUGUUGUGAGAAUGUUAUUGGAUACUUGCCUUUGCCUGUUGGUGUUGCAGGUCCUUUGAUUAUUGAUGGUACUCCUUACCAUAUCCCAAUGGCUACAACUGAAGGUUGCUUGGUUGCUUCUGCCAUGCGUGGUUGUAAAGCUAUCAAUGCUGGUGGAGGUGUUCUGACAAUUUUGACUCAGGACGGUAUGACUAGAGGACCUUGUGUUUCCUUCCCAACUUUGGCUAGAGCUGGUGCUUGUAAGAUUUGGUUGGAUUCUGAGGAGGGACAGAAGACUGUUAAGAAAGCUUUCAAUUCGACAUCCAGAUUUGCCAGAUUGCAGCACAUCAAGACUGCUAUGGCUGGAACUUUGUUGUUUAUUCGUUUCAAGACCACCACUGGUGAUGCCAUGGGAAUGAACAUGAUUUCGAAAGGUGUCGAGCACUCUUUGAAGUACAUGACUGAGGAAUGUGGUUGGGAUGACAUGUCUGUAAUCGCCGUCUCUGGUAAUUACUGUACUGAUAAGAAACCAGCUGCUAUCAACUGGAUCGAGGGUAGAGGUAAGUCCGUUGUUGCCGAGGCCAGAAUUCCUGCUGAUGUAGUGAAGCUGGUGUUGAAGUCCGAUGUUGAUGCAUUGGUCGAGUUGAACAUCAGUAAGAACUUGAUUGGUUCGGCUAUGGCUGGAUCUGUCGGAGGUUUCAACGCGCAUGCUGCUAACUUGGUCACUGCUGUCUUCUUGGCUUGUGGUCAAGAUCCUGCCCAGAAUGUGGAGUCUUCUAACUGUAUUACUCUCAUGAACAAGAUUGAUGGAGGAGAUUUGCAGAUCUCUGUAUCGAUGCCAUCCAUCGAGGUCGGUACUAUCGGAGGAGGAACCAUUUUAGAGCCACAGGGUGCUAUGUUGGACUUGUUGGGAGUGCGUGGUCCACAUCCUACUAGCCCAGGUGAUAACUCUCGUCGUCUUGCCUGCAUUGUGGCUUCGGCGGUGUUGGCAGCCGAGCUUUCGCUUUGUUCUGCUUUGGCUGCUGGCCAUUUGGUUCAAUCACACAUGCAACAUAACCGUAAGGGAGCUGCUCCAGCUGUCGCACCUGCUGCACCUGCUGAGAAGGAAGUGCAACGCCUCACUGAAGGAUCUGUCAACUGCAUCAAGUCUUAG